UACACCACCACCACCGCACACUUCUCUUUCGUGACACAAGUCACCACCACAACCACAACCACCACCACCAACAACACAACAAUGGUCAAACCACUAACCUUCAAAGGCGACAAGAAGCCCCGAAAACGCAAACGCGACCCCACCCCACCCCCAUCCGAACAACACACCCAGUCCCUCACAACCACCACAACCACCACCAGCACAACCACAGAUCCCCAACCCAGCACAACCACCACCACCACCACCAACGACAACAACGACGACACCUGGACAACCGCCGAAACAGAAGCCGACAUCACCGGGCCCGUCCUCCUCGUCCUCGCCACCAGCCCGCCCACAGCCCUCUCGAGCGACGCCCUCGGCGCCGUCUUCGCCCACCCCCUCGAAAACAUGAUCGACUCCAACCCCGCGACCGCCGAGCCGCACGACGUACGACAAGUCUGGGUCGCGGGACGGGUAGCCGGCUUGGAGGGUGUGACGCUCAAGGGGCAUCAUGGGAAAUAUCUAUCCGCCGACAAACACGGCCUCCUCAGCGCCACCUCGACAGCCGCGAACCCACCCUGCAUCUUCACGCCGGUGCCCUCGGCGCACGCACCCUCCGGCUUCGCCCUCCAGACCGCAUACGAGACCUUCCUGACCGCGCCCUCGGCAUCAGAAGUCCGGGGCGAUGCGGACACGCUGACGUACCCUUGCACGCUGCGGAUCCGGAUGCAGGCGCGCUUCAAGCCGCGGCUGCAGCAGGUGGCGCGCGAGGAAAAGGCGAGUGCGAAGAUCAGUCGGAGUGAGCUUGAGAAGCUGGCGGAGCGGAAGCUUGGGGAUGAGGAGGUUAGGCGGCUGAAGAGGGCGCGGCGGGAGGGGAAUUUCUAUGAGGAGUUGGUGUAUGUGCGGAGGAAGGGGAAGCAUGAUAAGUUUGCCUGAGGCCAUGCCGAGCGAGGCGGGGAGGAAAGGAGGGGCUAUACUAGGUAGGAGUGAAUUUUGGGUUUUUAUAGAGAUAUAUGACGUGCUAUGACGAGGAAACGGGAAGAUACAUUAUGGCUGGCCAUGCUUGUUAGACAUGGGCAAAUUAUCUUCAAAGGCAUGCAUACAUGCAUGCUACUUGGCGCGACGACGCCAGAGCAAAAGCAUUAUGUUGUUAGGUAUACCUGUGCAAUGCCAAGCACAUUUUGAAUGAGUCGAAUCGUCAAACGGCGACGUCAGGCCAAAGAACAGCUUAUUCCCGCGACAAGGAGUACGCCGCUGACGUCAGCCGGGGGGGAAAGGGGGAGAGCGGAUCUACUGCAAGAGC